AUGGCGGGGUUCAAGCGCCUAACUUUCAUCACGGCGCUGUCGUACUCAUCGGGUCUCGGUCUGGCCCAGAGCAGCGAAGCCAGCAGCAGCAGCAGCAGCAGCAGCGCCAGCGCAGGCACCACAAGCAGCGCCAGCGAAGACACCACAAGCAGCAGCAGCAAAAGUAGCAGCAGGACAAAGGUCAUCCAGACCACCAACUAUAUCGACACCAUCGAUGGCUACAGCUCUCUCUCAUCAUGUGCGAUCGACGUGCUCUCGACCGUGGUCCGAGGCGAAUUCAGUGGAUGCGGCGGGUGGGACGACAACCUGACGAGCUAUACCUGCUUCUGCACAGACAGUUACUCCUUCAUGAGCACCGUCAUCUCUACCGAUAUCAUCACAAGCUGCAACGGAGGGUCAACGGCGAGCGCGCAGGCAACGAGCGCCUUGUCCGUCUUCGACGAUUACUGCGCAUUAGGGGUGGCAGCCGGGCUGGAGCCCACGUCAGAAUCCGGCUCAGGGGAUCCCACCGCCACGCCAGGCGCAACGGGCGCCUCGGCGACAUCCACACAGGCGGCGAGCGCCGAGGGCGCCAGCAUCACGGCGAGGAACACCGCCAUCGCCGUCGGCGUCGUGGUCCCCGUCGUCGCGAUAGCGAUAGCCGUCAGCGCGUGGCUGAUCUGGCGGAAGCGCAGGAGGGCCAACGCCGCGAACUGGGACCAGUGGAACAAGAACGGCACGGGGAACCCGUCGGCGUACGGCAACGGGCCCGUCCGCGACGCCAACGCCGUCGAGGCGCCGACGUACGAGCACAAGGCUGACGAUUCGCCGUACUCACCGCACACCGCCUCGGAGAUGUCGACGCAGCAGUACAGCACGCCGGAGAUGCCAACGAACCAGCACAGCACGGCUGAGAUGCCAGCGAACCAGCAGCGAUCGGAGCUCCCGGGUUGA